AUGACGACCCAACGAUCAGGCCUUUGGCUCUCAUUUUCGCUCCUACAACGUACUUCUGUCCUUCGCUCGAUCGGCAAUAGGCCGAACAGGGUACUCCAAACAUGUCGCUUGUACAGCUCACAGACGGACACCACGGAACCAGGGGUCUAUCGUCCCAAUGCCAACCAUGACCCCGAACUGUCGCACCUCAACCCCUCGGCCGACGACUAUUCCCGAUUCAUCUUCCAGGAUAAAUGUCGCUCGAUUAUACACGCGGGAUCCGGUGGCAACGGGUGCGUUUCGUUUCUUCGCGAAAAAUACAUCGAGGAGGGCCCACCGAAUGGCGGCGACGGCGGCAGCGGCGGAAGUGUCUAUAUCCAGGCUGUCGAGGGUAUGACCAGUCUGCAUAAGCUGGCUCGACGGGGUAUCAUCAAGGCCAGUCGUGGCAGAAAUGGACAGGGCAAGAGCAAAGGGGGAAAGCGGGGCCAGGAUGUCCUGAUACAGGUCCCUGUCGGGACUGUCGUGCGUGAGGUGGACCGGUACGACCCUGUGGCCGAGGAGGAAAUCCGGCUGAAACAACGCAAGAAGGGCAUGGACAGGGCGGAUGAGCUCGACGAGAUUGGGCUGCCCUCUGUACGGCAUGACCGUUGGGUGCUCUACCCUGGUGCCAACCCGUCCGAUUUUCUCACGACCGUGUUUCCCAAGAAUCCGCCGCGACGACAGCACAUUGCCUCAUUGGAACCGAAAGCCCCCAUCCACCUCGAUCUCUCCCACCAUAUGGACAAGCCCAUUUUGCUGGCUGCAGGCGGAGCCGGGGGGUUGGGCAAUCCGCAUUGGAUUUCGCGUUCUAUCACCCGGCCGAAUUUUGCGUCGAGGGGCGAGGGUGGGAAGCGUCUUGAACUAGAAUUCGAAUUGAAACUGCUUGCGGACGUUGGAUUGGUUGGCAAACCCAACGCUGGGAAAAGUACGCUGCUUCGCUCCUUGACCAAUAGUCGCACGCGGAUCGGAAAUUGGGAAUUCACUACCCUGUCGCCGAAUAUCGGCACGGUGGUGAUCGACGAUCACAAGGGACGACCACUGGUUGAAACCAAGGGCAAGGCCCCGCGGACCAAUUUCACAAUCGCAGACAUUCCGGGUCUGAUUGAAGGCGCCCAUCUGGAUCGCGGCCUGGGUCUGGGUUUCCUGCGUCACAUUGAGCGGGCCGGCAUCCUGGCCUUUGUGGUCGAUCUCAGCGCCGGGGACCCCGUGGAGGGACUGCAGAAUCUCUGGCGCGAGCUGGGAGAAUACGAGCGAGUGCGCGACAUGGAACCGGCCUCCCAAGAAGACGAGGAGGAUCCCUUGGCCUGGGUCCCGCCAACUCGUGGCCUCCCCGAGCUCCAUCUUGAGGAGCAUCAGCCGCUCAACAGCACGAGCAAUCUCCCCGAGCUUUCCCUGCCUCCUAUUCACACGAAGCCGUGGUUCGUCGUGGCCACCAAAGCCGAUCUCCCCAAGACGCAGGAGCAGUUCAAAAAGCUGCGCGCGUACCUCGGCUCUGUCGAGAAAGGCGAAGUCGAGCACCCAGGCGGUCACACAAACGGAUGGAAGGAGAAGGUGUGCGCCGUUCCAGUCAGUGCCAUGAGAGGCGAGGGCGUAAGCCAACUUCCUAAACUCGUCAUGGAAUUUCUGGAUUGA